AUGCCAACUUCUCAGACUUCAGUUAUGGUACCUGUUUUUACACUUGUUUUGGCAACCCUAAUAGUUAUUAGAAUAUUUUUAAUACUUAUUUCUCCUACUCCAAUGCAACUGUCUUGUUCACUUAUUAGAUUUUUUGUAACUAGCUCAUGUUUAGUAGCCUUAAUUGUUCACCCAUGGGUAGGUGCAAUUUUAUUUUUAAUUUAUGGUGGUGUAAUUUUAGUGGCUUUUGUUUAUGUGCUUGCAAUAGAUCCGUCAGAUGAAAUGAAAAUUAGGAAAAUAGAUUGACACCUUUUAAAAGUUGUUCCUCUUAUCCUGGCUGUAAGGGUAAUUCCGUUAUUUUUUGGUGGUUGAAUGGGGGAAGCUACUGAGGAGGUGGUUUUCUUAUCAAGUCCUGAUGGAUAUUUUCUCCCUCUAUUUAAUAAGUCAAAUCGUGUUUUUAUGGUUAUCAUUUUAGCAAGUUUAGCAGGAGUAAUAGCAGGGGCCUUGAAAUUAAUCUCUCCUUUACAAGGAGCCUUACGUCCUAUAACUAAUGAUGAAUUAAAGGGAAUAGGCUUAGCUGUUGACUCAAAAAACCCCAAAAAGGCUAAGAUUUUCUGGAGCUUAUAG